AUGCCCACCGUCUCGCCCGCCACCUUCACGACAGAGCGCGGGCCCGGUGCAUUUGCCUCGCUUGGCGCACUUCCCAGGAGAGGGAGUGCGAGCAAGCAGCGCCGGCCGCUCUUCCACUUUGACGACGACAACGAACAGGACAGCCCGCCCGACACGCCGCAGAACGUGCCCUUCCCCUCACGAUCUCAAUCCUCCUCUCCGGCCUCUCCUGCUCAGCCUUUGACACCUACCAAUGUGCCGCCGGCAAUUAAGCGCAGCGACUCGGGUUCUGUCAUCCUCUCGAACGGAAGGCCGUUGAAGUCGAGCCUCAAGUCGGCCUCCUCGUCGUCCAUCGCGGCGAUGGACGACCGUUCCCUCGUCGACGAGGACGAGGAGCGCUUCUCGUCGCGGCCACUGCACACGCGUGCUCAGAGCAUGCCAUCCACGCCACGGGUGCACUUCCACGACGACAAGCUCGCCACCGUCCGCGUCUUCCGCUCCACCGGCCGCCCGAGAUCGGUGUCCACGAACGAGCUCGAUACCGAGACCGAGACAGAAGCGGAGCCCGCUGCCUACCCAUUCCCCAGGACGGCGCCCCAGGCCGCACAGGCGCUCAUGGACAUCGACCCCUCUUCGGCCCGGACGUCCCAGAUCCCGGCGCCGCACCCGCCCCAGGACGCGCACAUCCUCAUCGAGAGCAUAUCUUUACCACCUUCACGUCCGCCUGUUCUCCGUGGCACGGUCCUCGUCCGCAACGUCUCCUUCGAGAAGCGCGUUUGCAUUCGCUUCACUCUCGAUGACUGGACCACCGUCUCAGAGGUCCUCGCGACGUACUCCUCUUCUCUCUCACCUUCUGUCAACCCUCUCGCUCGCUCAGACAACCUCACUAUCGGUGACCUCGCACACCGUGGCCCCCAAGCGAAUUGGGAUCGUUUCGCGUUCGCUAUCAGAUUGGAGGACUACGAAUCCCGCCUCGCAGAUCGCACCCUCUGGCUGGUCGCUCGCUAUACCGCGCCUGGUGCUGGCGAGUGGUGGGACAACAAUGGCCACGCGAACUACAAGGUUGGCUUCCGCCCGCGUGUAUCUGCGGCUCCAGUCCAGCAGCGCAAGGCACCCAGCGCGGCACCGUUCUUGGCGAGCAGCGCGGCAGUUCCCGUGCCCUCGCCCCCGCAGCGCACGGCCGUUCAUGCACUCGCGGCUCGUCCUGGUCCCAUUCAACGCAGUUCGUCUUCGCCCAACCCGCCAACGGUCCAGACACUCGGUCGUCUCAGCUUGAAGCAUUACGCUGCGCCUGCGCCUGCACCGCCGCUGCCUUCUCCUGAGGAGAGGAAGGAAGUACCCGCGAAGCCGCUCAAGAAUCUCGUGGGCGGUCACUUCACGAGCUCUGCGUCUCCUGCGCCAACUCCCGUACCUGCGCCUGCGCCUGUACAGGUCGAGGAUGGCCCUGGACACGUCGACGAGGGUUUCGCGACUGGAAGCGAGGAUGAGGAUUCUGGGACGCCGCCCGCGACCAAAGGCGUCGCCGCUCGCCGUCAGUCCGGCUCUCUGCGCUUGGACAUUGCCGCCCCCCGCGCGACCAAGCCGGCGAGCGCCGUACCCUCUUUGGGCGCACGAGGACCAUUCAGCCCCACGCGCUCGAGUCCUGUGCCCUUUGCGAGCGCGAUCGGAGUCGCGCAGGCUCAUGUGACCGGAGAAGUGACGCAGCAGCCUACGCCACCCGCAUCUGGCCAAGGCUCGCCCGACGCGAGUUAUGCCGCGCUCAUCCGGGAAUGGUGCUUCGCGCAGGGUGACGCGACCGCUACGCCAACGCCAACGAACGGCGCGGUUGCGGGAUGGGGCCCAACGCGUUCCAAUGCCCUCUGGGUUGGCAUGGGCGGAUGA